UCUAUAGUUUUGGUUUUGACUAAAAUGAACUACGCCUGGUUGUACGAAACUUUGUAGACUGACGAUAUGUCUGGAGAGUAGUAUUAUUUAGAGCAGCAGUAUAUUCCUCUGACAAUCACACUAUCUUUAUUCUAGUAACCCUUUUUUUGUGUGUAUUUCUUAUUUGAAAGAAGAUUGACAGUUUCUAACGUGUUUGGUUUUUGGAUACAGAAAUCGAAAGUACAUACUGAUAUCGAGGGUGUCUACACAGCUCUUCUUAUCUACCGGCGCAGUUGUUUGAAAUUAUGUUGUUUUGUUAAUUUAGAAGUAUUUGAAUGAGAAAUAUGCAUUGCUCAGAGGAAGUGAGCAAUUAACUGAAGACUCCAGUGCUACAGGCCCAUGCCCACACUGGAAACACUGGUGUCAACCCGAAAGCCUGACAUACUUCAGUUUUCCAAGUGACAUUUUCAAGUAAUGGCUUCAGCUGAAAACAAGAUAUACUUCAUCAUAACUGCAAAACCACCUUCACCACAUGGGUACAUAGAGGCUGGUGAAAUAUGCUAUAUAGAUAAACAACGAUUUGAGGCAAGGCAAAAGAGGAACGACACAGACAUUUUACCUGUUGUUCGUAUAGGCUUAUUUUCAGAUACACUUCUCGAUAAAGUUCUUCUGAAGCCACUGACGUGCAGAUCAGCACAAUUACUGCUAGCUCUUGAAUCAAAUGAAGACCGAUUGUUGGCACUGAAAGAUCAUAAGGCUUUAGAGGAUGCUUCAAAUUUGUCCAAAGGCUGUCAGGUUUAUGUGGACUAUAAAGGGAAAUGGCUCAAAGGUGUGAUUCGAUAUAUUGGCAGUAUCACGACGUACAUCUCUGAUCCUAUAACAGGAGUUGUCUUUGGGGUGGAACUGCAGGGUGAACAUAAAGGAAAAGGCCAAAAUGAUGGUUCCUUAAACCACAAAACUUACUUCACAUGUCCUGCAAACUCAGGCAUUUUUGCCCCUUUUACAAGAAUCAAACCAGUGGAUCAUAAACCUUCAGCACCACCACUACCAACUCAGUCUUCCCCGUCCAUGACAUCUACUGAGCCUCUCAAUGUUGGAGACAGAGUAACUUUUUUUGGUGACAAAAAUGCUCACCAUGGCAUGGUUAUGGCUAUAGAGGACAGCCCAGAUGGUAAAAUGGUUCUCAUAUCAACUGAUAAGGAUGAAGAGGGGAAGCAAGGAGGAGAGAUGAAAGUCCCACUGGAUUGUGUAAUUAAAGAGGAGCUGUUAAAUAAAGAUGAAACUGAAAAAAUGGACACUUCUCAGAGCCCUGAUAUGGGGGUUGUUACUGAUUCUGAAGAAAUUUCUGUUGACUCCCUAGUGCAGUUAACUGUGAGGGAAAAUCUAGUUUAUGGAAUUGUACGCUGGAUUGGAUAUUUACCUGAUUAUCCUGAGAAGAGUGCUUUGCUGGAAGUGGAGGAAGGCACUGGAGUAAGUGAUGGAACAUAUAAAGGAAAACAGUACUUUAAAUGUCCUCCUCAAAGUGGUUUAUUUGUGAAACUGUCAUGUUGUCGGCCUGAUGAUCGUUUCUAUGCUGCAAAGAAGAAGGUGUUGAAUGGACACUCUGAUGCAUCUGUGGAAGACGAGAAUGUACCACCUAUUAGAACAGAAGAUGUGUCAAAGUUAUUGAUUGGUCAGAUGAAGGGCAUUCAGGGUCACUGCAACUCCUGUUAUAUGGACUCUGCCCUGUUCAGUGUGUUUUCCUGUUCAUCAGUUCUGGAUUCUCUGCUUUUUAAGUCCACGCAACAUCAAACCAUUCAAAGCAUUCUACUAAAAAGCAUUGUCAAUCCUCUCCGCAAACAAGGUUUUGUAUCAGAGCGCAGUGUGAUGAAUCUUCGGAAGCAAUUACAAAAUCAGGAACGCUGCCCCACUUACACCACAGAUGAGAAGGAUCCCGAAGAGUUCCUUUCUCUCAUCAUGCAAGAGAUUCUCUCUCUAGAUCCACCGCUUAAACUCUGCAGCCUAUCAGGAAGUAGACAUAAAGAGCAAAGUUGUUACUACUACCAAAUCUUUAUGGAUUACAACCACCAUUUGGUCCUGCCGACAGUUCAACAGCUACUGGAACAUUCGUUUUUCAGCAACAGUCUGAAACUAGCAGAGGUGCCUGCCUGUCUGAUUCUUACUAUGCCUCGCUCAGGAAAGAGUUUCAAAAUGUUUCCAAAAAUCAUUCCUUCUACAGAAUUGGACAUCACAGGUCUUCUCGCUGAAGGUCCUCAGCAGUGUGUUUUGUGUGGUCGGCUAGCAAAUGAAGAGUGUGCUGAGUGCUUCAGAGAUGCAUUGUUUAGUGAUACAGGAUUCAAAUAUUUCUGUUUGAAAUGUUCCACUCAGGUUCACUCUCACCAGCAGCGUCGAGGCCACAUAACCAGAAGCCUGCAUCUUCCUCAGGGCUUCUCUUACUCACAGAGUUCAGGGUCUGAUCCACGCACUCCUCCACGGGAGAAAUUAGAGCUCUUUGCUGUGCUGUGCAUAGAGACCAGCCACUAUGUCUCAUUCGUCAAAUACGGACCUCAGGAUACUGACUGGAUCUUCUUUGAUAGUAUGGCUGACCGUGUUGGUGAAAGCAAUGGCUAUAAUAUCCCAGAAGUGCGUGCAUGCCCAGAGGUUGGCCAGUACCUACAUAUGUCUCUGGCUCAGCUGGCUAAUCAAGUUCCUCGAGAGAUGGAAGGUGUGGCGAAGCGACUCUUCUGUGACGGCUACAUGUACCUUUAUCAGAGCAAGAGCAUGUCUCUGUAUCGAUGAUUAAAUCAACAUGUACAUAUCAGUAAAUGAGAAUGUGCAAUCUUAUUACCUAUUACUACACCUGCUUAGUAUUGGAUUCUAAUAAUAAUAUGUUCUAUUCAAGGGAAUCAUAAAACAAUAUGCUUCUGCUCCAUAUUUGAGCAUUUAUGAGUCAAAUAUUUCCACUUUCUGUUGAAUUAGUUUCCCAUAUGGCAUUGCCUGGGUGGGCGGUACAUACUCUUUAAACACGCUGGAUGAGGGUGAUGCAGCUGAUAUCCUUUAAGUGAUUUAGACUUGAAAAAAAAUUACUCCAAUUCUCAAAGUGCCUUGUAUGUAUAUAUGAAAUAAUAAUAAAAUAAUUUCCGACUCUUUAAAAUCUUACCAAAAUGGAAAGAGUUUUUAUAUUUUAUUUUCAAAUGUGUAUUUCUGAACUGUGAGACCUAGUGUAGAUUGCUGCCUAAUUCUUGUUAAUAGAACAAGAUAUUUUUUGUUUAAAUUUAAUACUGACAAGAUAAAGAUUUAUUUUCCAUUAAACAUCGAUGACUUACUGAUCUUAAUUUUCAAUUGUUAUUGGGUUUUCUGUAUGAAGGUCCAUUCUGUAUGAAGCUUUCUGGCUACUGAAUAACAUUGUGAGCCAUACUGUAUGUAAUCACACUGUCAUAAAUUAUCUGUCAACAUAUUUUGAUUUAUUUAAUUGGACAGCCAUUCAUUAUGCUUUCUGUGUUUCUCUACUGUAUAUGAUUUCAUUCCAAUGGAAGAGAUCAAACAAUAAAUAAAUAUAUCUUGACAGGAA